CUAUUAUUUUGGAGAAUAACGAGAUUAUAGAGCUAUUGGGCGAUAGUUGGAUGGAUCAGAGCGAUCGCCUUUUUUGUCUUCAAGCACUUGGGGACAGUGCCGAGCGAGAGCAGGUAGCGGAAAAGGCGCGUUAGUAUGGACGCCAACUCAGAAAUACGUACACCAGUACGUAGCACAAUCGUGGAAAUGCCAUCAAGCCCGCUUGAUUUAUGGAUGUCCAUGGAAGAUAAAGCUUUGCGUGCAGCACGUUGCCAAAAUAUGCUGCACGCAAAGCAGUCUUUAGACUUUAUCUUGACCUUGCUUGGUCAUCCAAAGUCAAAUUGGACGCGAAGGGUAAAGGACCGCGGUGUCACGCUUCCGCCCAAUUACGCUUCAAAGCAUUCUAGCUUUCGACGCGAGGCCGCCACAUUUAAACCAGCGCUGUGACAGAGUGAUUCUGAUUUCUGUGUUCUCAUGUUGAUAUAUUCACAAUAGUAUUUAUGAAUUUAAAAAGAUUAUUCACGAUGAACUUGCAACCUGAAUUAGUUAUUUUAAUUAAUUAUUUUUAGCUGUGACAGGCCGCUAGUAUAUAUUUAAUAUAUAACUUUUACUGUAAAUAAAUGUGUUUCGUUUGUUCCUUGUAAAAUAUCGGUCGUUGUUUCUUCUUGUCUAUGCUGCCGUAAAUUCAAAACUGUCAUUGCCAAUCGCCAUGUCGCGCUCUACACUCAUACACUGUAUAGAUUAUAGAGACUUUCAGUUUCAUAAUUUCUUCCUUUCUCUGGCUGGAAUCGCUAUGAUUAUGCCUUAGUAAUUAAAUGACCGAAUCAUUUUCAACAAUCGUGUCAAUUUGUUUGAUAUCAAACGACAUAAAACGCACUUUACAUUUGAAUUUGGGCAGUGGGCUAACAUUCGGUAAUCGGUACUGUUAACUGUAGUCGGCAACUGCAUCUUGCACACUUCUGAUGUUUUUCCAUACUUUCAAUAAAAAGAUAUGAAUGGAUUUAUUGCUGUACAUUGUGAUAUAUUGCAUCUUUCUAGGGGCAGGAUACCAUAGUGAUACUCUAAAAAAGGAUUACCAAAAGACUUGUUAUGUUGCAUGCAAAAAAGCAGCUCAAGCACUUAAUGAAGGCGGAAAUGCUGUAGAUGCCGUAGAAAAGGCUAUAAUUGAAUUAGAAAAUAGUGCACUAACAAAUGCAGGAUAUGGAUCCAAUUUGAGUUGGGAUGGUGUUGUAGAAUGUGAUGCAUCAAUAAUGAAUGGCCAAACACUUCAUUUUGGUGCCUGUGGAGCAGUCUCAAAUGUAUGGAAUCCAAUAUCACUAGCAAAACAACUUUGUAUAAAACAAUGUGAUAAUCUAUCACUGGGUAGAGUUCCACCUUGUAUUCUCACAGGCAAAGGUGCAAAGACAUGGGCUGAAAGAAUGGGAUUAGAAAUUGUAGAUGAUAAGAAAAUGAUUUCUCCUAGAGCAUUUCGGAAUUAUAAACAUUGCAAGAGAAAGUUAAAAAGAUAUUCCUUACAAAAUGAUGUAAGAUUUAGUCCUUUAGACACAGUAGGAGCCAUAUGUGUUGACUCUUAUGGAGUUGUUGCAGCUGGAGCAAGUUCUGGUGGGGUUUCUUUAAAACAUGAAGGGAGGGUUGGGCAAGCUGCUUCUUUCGGAAGUGGAGUUUGGGCAGCUAUGAGUAGAGAUGGGACAACACCUUCUGUGGCCUCUUGUACAUCAGGAUGUGGUGAGCAUUUAAUCCGUACACAACUGGCUAAAAAUACUGCAGAGAGCUUGUUGGAACCUUCUCCGGUAAUAAGUUUAGAUAAAUGUUUAAAAGAAAAGUUUUUGGAAUCACCAUUUCUGUGGGAUGUACCAGAAAGACUAGGAGGUGCUUUAUCUUUAAUGUUUAAUCCUCAAAUUGGAGAAGGUGAAUUAUUAUGGGGGCACACUACAAAAACAAUGUGUGUAGGUUACAUGUCAACACAGACUGCAAAGCCUAAGUGCAUUAUUUCAUAUUUGCCACCAAUAGUGAUUGCUGGCGACAAAGCUGUUGUAUCUGGAGUCCCAUUUAAUGUUCCUACUCAACCGUAUCCUCAAUUUCAAUGGGAAAUUAAAAAUGAACAUAGCAUAAAUGGAUCUCUGUGAUAUUGUAUAUACUUCACGCUGACACUAGCUUCACAUUAAUUGUAUAGGUACUGUCAUAAAUAUAUAUUUUCCAUACAGUUUAUGAUCUCAAAACUAGAAAUUAUUAUCAAAACUGAUUUUACAAAUAGAAUAGAAAAAUAGUAUAAUUGAGUAAUGUUUACUGCAUUCAUUAAGGAAAGAGUCUUAUAACAUUAAAAACCUAAUAUUGCAGAACAACACAUGUUUUAAUUAAUUACAUGAAUGAAGUAGAUAUUUAUUGUAGUAAUGACAUCUUUUAUACAAAAUAAAAAACAAAAUGAUAUGGGUA